CUAGCAUGCAGCAUAAGAGGACAGGCGCGGGCCAUUCGCGUGACCCAUCCCAGGACCCAAGCCGCUGCCUAGCAUGCGGCAUAACAAGACAAGGAUUUGGUCAAUCCCGUGAUUUGCUCUAGUAAAUGGUCAUGUAGCGCUAGGAGAGCCUUAUCAGCAGAAUAUUUUCUUAAUGAUUUAACUAAUCACGAAUUCUGAUCUCAUAGCCCUUAGUAUACAAUCAUAAAUUUCCUGUAUAAGUUCAGAAGUUCAAAAUUUUCUCUUGGCAAAAUUGAUUUGGUUCAUCGACUACAUUUGCGAUGAAUUACUCAUCAGGAGACUCGUUGAUGUUAUGGUGUAUUUUUUUCUAUGAUGAACUGUGGACAAAAUUUGUACGAAAUAUAUAUUAUUUCGUCUGGUCAUAAUCUUUAUCUAACCGGGAAUAAUUUUCUGAAAACCGAUGCUGCGUAAAUUAUUUAUAUGCUGCAAUGAAGCUCGUCAGGUUUUUAAUUUUGUUAUUAAUAUAUAAGACCAGGAUCAUCUUGUGUGAUCUAUACAACUCUAGGAUCGUCGUGUGUGAUCUAUACAACUAGGGAUCAUCUUGUGUGAUCAAUACAACUCUAGGAUCGUCGUGUGUGAUCUAUACAACUCUGGGAUCAUCUUGUGUGAUCUAUACAACUUUAGGAUCGUCGUGUGUGAUCUAUACAACUCUAGGAUCGUCGUGUGUGAUCUAUACAACUCAGGGAUCAUCUUGUGUGAUCUAUACAACUUUAGGAUCGUCGUGUGUGACCUAUACAACUCUGGGAUCGUCGUGUUUGAUCUAUACAACUCUGGGAUCGUCGUGUGUGAUCUAUACAACUCAGCGAUCGUCGUGUGUGAUCUAUACAACUCUGGGAUCGUCGUGUGUGAUCUAUACAACUCUGGGAUCAUCGUGUGUGAUCUAUACAACUCAGUGAUCGUCGUGUGUGAUCUAUACAACUCUGCGAUCGUCGUGUGUGAUCUAUACAACUCAGUGAUCAUCGUGUGUGACCAAGAAAAUUCCUGAAACUUUUCACCAAUCUUUUUGAAGUUCUCUUAUUGACGAAAAAAUUAUGAAAAUUUCGGCAAUAAUUCUUUGUUGACUUGAAGUUUCAAGAUCUAUUGGGUGCAAACCAUAGAAAUUCAUCACUAAAUCAACAGUUCCCUCGUAUUCACAGGCUUUAAUUGCAAGUUACGAGCUCUUUGUGCUAUCUUAUUUAUUACAAAGGCUACAAAUUUGUUACUCAUCGACACAUUAACAAUAGCAGUCAAAACGCAUGAAAUCUACAGACUAAAAAGCUCAUUUCUUAAUGCACUAGGAAAAUCAAUUUAUGUAUGAAAGAUAACUCGAUCAAGUUCAGAGCAUGUUAGCUUUCUAACUAGAUGCCACUGAGGCUCGCUGAAAUAAUUGAAAUGACUCUAGCUUCCAUUGUUCCAUUGUAGUGGUCAUUCGUGUUGGUUGACUGGAGGUUGAAUAAACAUUGAGGAUUGCAAUCAAUAAAAUCAAUCAUCCAUGCCAACGUUGGACAUACGUGCUUGUUUGCAAGACGCUCUAGAAGUGAUAUAGCUGCAUUGAAAGUUAUUUAAUCGAUGAAUUAAUUCAGAGACUGUGUGAACGUCUUAGAGAUCAGUAUUGUUAUCAGAACAUCAGGGCUGAAGAACACGCAAGGUGCGCGGCCGGUGACUGGACAAGUGAAUUUCAUUUGAAAAUUCCAACUACAAAGAGGUUUUAACGUUUCCUAUCACUUAUUUUUCUUCUAAUUAAGCAAAUCAAGUCAUCUACAGAUAAUAGAGUUCCUUAAUUCACACCGUCUGCAGAGCACUUAGUUAUCCAAUUUACACCAUCCACAGACCACCUAAUUUCCCUAUCUACACCACCUACAGACCACCUAGUCCCUAAUAUACACCAUCAAUGGACUGCUGAAUUUAAUCUUGCAGCCAAUAAGAAAAAGUACUUGAAAUGGAGCUGGUAAAGAAUUAUACAAUGAAGAAGUGGAUGAUCUGGCAGUUCCGUUUCCUUCGAAUAUUAGGACUUGCUCCCUUUGCUUGGGUUAAUGGCAAGUACAGAACUUCUCAAGUGUAUCUGGGUUUCAGCGUAUCAUUACAAAUCUUUUUAACCAUCUUAUCAAUGUCUGAAAUAAUUAAAUCUUUCUACAACGCCUCUCAUCCGCAACUCCUCUCAUCCUCAUCCAACAUCUACAACGUGAUACAGAUUACCUGGGGCCCAGCUCACCACUUCUUUACGAUGAUUAUUGCUUGGCAUUUCCUGCUGUCUCGGAAUCGUGUUCUGAAAAUUGUACAAUUCUUUCGAAGCUCCAGCUGUAGCUUACUUGCUGUUGAUUACUCUCAACAUUUAUUGGCUUUACUGAUAGCCAUAAUUACGGGUUACACAGCGGAUUCAACGUUCCAACUCUCUGGAUGUUACGAGAAGUCCCGCACAGAUAAUAUCAGCUGCAUUUUAUACGUCGUUGGUUGGUGCGUGAAAUUUGUGUCAGGCUUGGUCCUCUCGUUUUGUUUUAACUCCUCGAUGAAGACUCUGUCGUUGGAAUUGAAAAAUGUCGUAGUAAAAAUUGUUCAUGAAAGUCAUCCCGUCAAGUAUCAGUUAUCCGCGAUGAAGAUAGCUGACGUCAUUCCAAGCAGUCUGCCUGAAAUGAAGAAAAAAGUGGCAGUCAUGAGGCGAACAAUUUACAACAUUCAUCAUUCGUUCUCCGUCGUUGCGUUCGGAAUUUUAGCUUACGAGCAACUGGAAAUGGUAUUGGUUGUUCUGCACGCUAUUUUCUUCGCUCACUCAAAGGUUCCUCACGUGCAGACGUUUCUCAUCACAGUGGCAGCAUCUGUCCCUUUGUGGCUUGUGCUCGACUCGCAGACCGCCUAUAUAAAAACGUGCGAAGAUGGCAUCCAUCGCGUCAAAAAGCUCAUCGCUGAGGUCGGCCUAAAAGGGUCGGAGCACGUGCAGGAAGUGUGGCAUCUGCGCGGCAUCCAGGCUGAGCUGGAGCGCAUGCCUCGCUUCACGAUCUUUGGGCUCUUCGAGCUGGGCCGACACUGCCUCCUGUCGAUGGGAUCAAUCGUGUUAACGUACGUCAUCAUCGCUAUUCAGUUCACAACUAGCAACAACCCCGUCACAUGCAAGCCAUUUAACUUCACCGACGGGUCAACAUCAGCCUAGAGCGCGUCCUCGAAAUUAAAAAUCAUUAAUUCAGCAGAACAUUAUAAUCAUAAGCAAGCUUGUAAUAAUUUGCGGUCAUCACAGCAGGUUGUCCGGCCGGUCUCGGCACGUGCAAAAAAAAUUGCUAGGGAACGAAUGGGAUCACAGAUACAAUAUUAAUGAAGUCAGCGAUAUCGACGCUUCUCGGGGCGGUUUUGAGGGCUGAGUAGAAGCUUAACCAGGUUUGGGAGGUAUUGCCCAGCUGUUGUCAUGAGUUCGAUGAAUCGUUUAUUCCAAAAAUCAAGAAAUGUGUGCUUACGUUUCUGAGCUGUACCUAAUAAUUAAGUUUGUGUACUGUGGCCCAAGAUAGUCUCAAAUAACAUAAAUUUAUGUCACCCCGAUUGGAGUGGUAACAUUCUGACUCGUUUUUUUUCUAUUGCAAGUAAAACCGCUGCCAAAUUGAAUCCUUUUCCUUCCAUCAUAAAAACGCACAAACGCAAAUACCUGUGAAUUUAAGAUCUAUUAGUUGAAACCCCCGAUUAUUAGAGAACUUUAUUACAUUUUGCAUUCUUUCUUCGACAGAGUGACCCAGAUUUAAACACCUCACUUUUCAUUACGCAUAUAACGUUAGCUAUAGGCUAUUGGAUAAUCACUAGCUGAUGAGCAUUAGCGGAGGUGCAUCACAAAAUAGAAUAUAGUUUAUAAAAAAUGAUAAAUGGUUUUUCUAUGAUAACAGCCACUAUUUCACAAAUUAUUUUUGAAUGUGAUGUAUGUCAAUACAGUCUGUUUGAGGCACUAUAUUUGCUUAACGAUCUAUUAAUGGGUCAUAUGUGUUCGUUUCUUGUAAUUCAAGGCCACUUGAAUAUAUGAAUGUCUGAAGGCAGCAUAUUGAAUGGUGAUUACUGUUAUGCCAGGGUUGAUGCGGCUAUGGAUCACGAGAACUUACUUUUUGAGCUGUACCUUAUAAUUAAAUUUGUGUAAGGCGGCCCAAGAAAGUCUUAAAUAACAUAACAAAUGUCACCCCGAUUGCAGUGGUAACAUUCUAACUCGUUUUUUUCUAUUGCAAGUAAAACUGCUACCGGUGGCAGAGUGGCCCAGUGGUUAAAGUUCAGAGUACCAAGAUUGGCACAGAGAGGCGCGGGUUCAAACCCAGCUCCGUGCGCCAGUUUCCGGUCAGAAUCGGCAAGGAGGCCGGGCGGUUAAGCACAGCAGAAUUGU